AUGAGCAGUGGCCUUCGAAAUUGUUCGAAAGUUCUGAAAAGAAAUGACAAUUCAACUAGUACGAUAGCUACCACCUCUAGUACUGCUGCUACUGCUACUGCUGCUAUUAAUGCAACUACAAAAACAAAUCCUCUUGGUACAUCGGUAAUUAGUGAACCAAAAAAGCGUGGACGUAAACCUGCACUAAGUCGUCCAAUGCUAAUACCGGCAGCGAUUAAAGAAAGUGUAGUGAAUGGUGAUAAUUACGAUGGUAGUAGUGUCACAAUAGUGGACAGGAUGACAGAACACAGUAGAACAAUGAAUAUUUCUAUAACUGAUAAAUGUAAUGAUCAACAAUCAUCUGCUGUUACGACUACUACUACGACUACUAUUGUCAGUAGUACUGCUAAUGUUACGGAUGAGAGUGAAUUGUUCUUACCGAAGGUUUGUGAUAAUAUCACUCACCCUACUCCAUCCGUUGCAGCCAUGAAUAAAUCUGAUGGAAACAUACCUUUGGCGUCCAUUGAUAGUGGCAUCGAUUCAUGUGUCGAUGUGGAUCACGAGAUGAAAGAUAUGGAGACAUUGCGCGAUGAAGAAGCUUCACCUAGUGAGAAUUGUAACGAUGACAUCGCUGCUGUGCCACAAUCCAGAGGUUCUGUUCAUUAUGAUCGUAUCGUUUGCGGUGAUUGUCAUGCAGAAUUUUCAUUAUCAACAUUCGUGGAAUUUGUUGAACACAAGAUUUCACGUUGUGAUAAGCGGACGCCAUUAGACGAGUUCCUUUCUAAUAUAUCACCUGCUCAUCCAUCCAGUGAAACUCUCCGACCAGGUCGUCGACGAAUUCUGGUCAGUUGUCAUCAUUCAUCUGCAGAUUUGAGUGAUUCAUCUCGCUGUGGUCCAUCUUCAUCUGGAAAUGAUCAAAGUGCUUCGUUUAUGUUGACAGCUGGUGAAGGUCAAGAAAAGCAUAACAAUAGGGUUGAUGCUACUACAGACACAGAUACUUUAGGUUAG